UCAACGCGGUCUAUCAUUGAGGAUCGUAGGGUUCUCCUGGCUAAAAGUGGAAGUCUUAUGAAUUAAGUGGAAAUAUAAUAAAUUAAAACAAGAAAAAAAAUAUUAAAAUGAGAACCACGAAAGAAAGACAAAAAAUAACCUUCCUUCGGUUGAUUAGUACACCGAUAGUGUUUUUAAUAUUGUGGUCCGUCAUUGAAGUUGAGAGUUUCAACCUAUCACCCAAACCCAAUAUUAUCAUCAAGGAUCCUCAAUUGGCAACAUAUUUGCCUAAAUAUAGAGCAUCAUAUUUUGGCUACACAUUGAAUUUAAGAAAACUGGGAAUAAUUAUUGGUGCACCUAGAGCUCAGUCCACCUUGCCACAUCAACGGCAAAUCAACGAAACGGGAGCUAUAUAUCGUUGUACUUUAAAUGACCCAACCAAUUGUAGUCCAUAUGUAUUCGAAGAACGUGGCAAUAUUCUGCUUGACAAAAAUGCAACACACUAUUUGUCCGAAUUGAGAGAAUUUCAAUGGAUGGGAGCAUCAAUGGAUGGUGGCAGCAGGGAUAGUGACAGGCUCAUUGUUUGUGCUCCUCGACUUUUGUCCCCAUCAACGAAUAACUACCAUAUGUGGGGUUUAUGUUAUUGGAUCAGUGACACCUUAGCCGAUUCACCCAUUAAUGUUAUGACAGUGGCAGAAUUGCGAUCCGUAGAUAACCAAAUUCGAAGUUAUGAGGACGGUGAAAGAGCCUAUCAUUACAUGAUCGCUGAGCAAGGCCUUAGUGUCCAUGGCACCCCAGACAAUAGGGAAUUUGUCAUUGGCGCUCCUGGCAUAAGUAAUUGGAGAGGGUCAGUCAUACGCCACCGCAUUGUGAGUGGUGGAAAUGAUAUACCAAAUCCGAAAAACUUCAAACAGCCCAUUGACUCCUACUUGGGCUACUCUGUUAGCUCGGGAUAUUUCGAUUCAACUAGACCCAAAAGAUUGAUGUAUGUAGCGUCUGCACCGCAAGCUGAUUUACAAUCUGGAGAGGCCUAUAUUUUCGACUACAGUGGCUUUAAGAUAGUAAAGAGCUAUGUGUGCCGCGGCUAUCAAUUUGGAGAGUACUUCGGAUAUGCUGUUCUCGCUGAAGACGUAAAUGGUGAUGGUCUUAGUGAUGUUAUAGUAUCGGCGCCUUAUUACGCUAUAGGCGAAUCGUACGAGGAUGGCGCGAUCUACAUUUUUAUUAACCAAGGCAAUUUUAACUUUGAGAAGAAAUUGAUCAUUUCGCCCGUUCAGGGUAAGGGCAAAUUUGGCACAACUCUCACUAAACUAGGCGACAUUAAUCUGGAUGGUUUCAAUGAUAUCGCUGUUGGAGCUCCAUUUGAUGGUAAUGGCACAGUUUUUAUUUAUAUGGGAAGUAAAAAUGGCCUAAGCGACCAACCCAGUCAACGAUUGCAUUAUCCUGUGAUUAGUGACUCGCCCUAUGGCAGUGCAAUGUUUGGGCAUGGUCUGUCCAAAGGUUCCGACAUUGAUGAUAAUGGCUAUAACGAUUUUGCCAUUGGUGCUCCCAAUGCGGAGGCUGCCUUCCUUUAUCGAUCCUACCCCGUUGUAAGCAUUGAAGCUACCAUUGUUUUGCAGACGCGAGAAAUCAAACCUAGGCAGUCCUCAUUUCCCGUAAAGGUGUGCUACCGAAUUGUUACAAAGUCGCCUAAGAUGAAAAGUCAAGAUAUAAGUAUAGUAUUGCUUAUUGAUCAACAAGCUAGGCGUGUUCGAAUAUCAUCCACGAAUAGUGGAUAUGAGUGGACAUUGAGAGCCGCAGCUACCAGAGAAACGAAAUGCGAAACCCUAAACUGUGAGGUACGAUUUAAUCAGGCCGAAGUCUAUAAACCAAUACCAUUAGAAUUGAGCUACAAACUCGUUAAUAAUGUUCCCGAUUCCAAGGACUUCUGUGAUGAUUGUGCGGCUAUUGAUCCUUUGGCACCCAAAACCUAUUCCGAAAAAAUAAUUUUCAACACAGGCUGCGCCUCAGAUGUUUGCGUUGCAGAUUUACAAUUGACUAGUAAACUAAAUCACACCUAUGUCGUGGGAAGUAGCUCAACCUUUAAUAUCACUUAUGAAGUAGGAAACCGCGGUGAAAUCGCCUACUUACCUCAAAUCAAUAUUGCCUCGUCCAACCGCAUGCCGUUUGCCAAAGUUCCGUCGAAUUGCAAACACAACAAACAGGAAGCAAUAAUGCUGUGUGAUCUGAAUCAUGGUCAACCAAUGUUACAAGGCAUGACGGAUAGCAUAACAAUUAUGUAUGAUGUCAGCAGCAUAUCGGGAGAUAGCAUGCAAGUUAGAGCCAAAGUUGUAAGCACGGGCAAGGAGUUGAGUUAUGGUGAUAAUGAAGUAACUGACACCAUACAGUUGGUGCAAUUAGCGGAAAUCGUCGCGUCUGGAGAGUCCAAAAAGACAAACAUCAAUUUGGAAGAUCCAAGUGAUACAGAAUUUGUCAAUGUCUAUGCGAUAACGAGCAAUGGGCCUAGUACAGUUGAGGCUAUGCAAGUCGUUAUGGACAUACCUGUGAACUACACAAUUCCCGGAUCUGGAGAGCGAGUUCAGAUUGUUGAUAUGAAUAGCAUUGUUAUGCAUGCCAUUUACGAUAUGCAAAUGAAGGACGUUAAUUUCUUUAAAAACAAUACGCAGAUCUUCAUAUCGAACCCAUUGGCAUCCUCAGAGGAAGAUGACCACAGUGAGACAACACCAAAUAGCGCACCUGAGAUGAGCCUUUCAUAUCUGCGAAGGCGUCGGGACAUUGAUUCUGGUCUCGAUAAAGACGAUCGAAAAGACCUCGCCGGGAACUCCACUCUCGAUUACGUGCUAGGUGAGGACUUGAAAGGAUCUUUACCACUUAAUCGCACUGUAGUGCUCAACUGCAAUAGUACAGCUAAAACACAGUGCAUCCGUGCUGUCAUUACUCUGUACGAUUUCAAGCCAAACCUGCCAUUAACAGUGGCAAUGAAAUAUGACGUUGACAUGGGAGUAAUCAACAAAGUUCUGCAAAAUCGUUUGGAAUUCCUUGCAAUACAGGUGGGCGUGGACGUGCUGAAGUUAGGAAAUCCCUUGAGCUCUACUUUUGUCGUUACCAAAAAGAUCCAAUUCAACAUUGUAUCGAAGCAUCAGCUGUAUGGCACAUCCAUUUGGGUUUACAUUCUGGCUGCCCUUGGUGGUUUAUUGGUAUUGGCUUUAAUAACAUACAUUCUGUACAAAAUUGGCUUCUUUAAACGCACCAAAAAGGAAGAAAUGGAAAGGCUGGUUCAACAGGCUAAACGUGGCAAAAGUGCUAAAACAGAUGCAACAAGUUCAGAUGAAGAAAACUGAUCAUUUUUGCAAUGAAAAUAUUAAUAUAUAGUUUAAAUUUACUUACGCUUGAAAUUAUAUUCAUUUAAUUUAUUCAAAUACGAUUAUUAAUCUAAGGUGAAUAAGUUCCUCACAAAAAAAUCUCCUAUUAU